GUUUCCAAAGUAUAAAAUAGUCUUCAGUUCUUCACUGGAACCGCAGUUAAACUACGGAACCUCACUGUAGAGCAUCACAGUUCUUCGAUAUCCAAGCAGAAUGAAAGUUUUGACCUGUUUAGUGUUUGUUGGGUUAGUUAUAGCGUCAUGCUCGGCCGAUUACACUCCAAAGCAACAAGCGUUCCUAGCUGAUAUUAUUGCCAAGUGUGCAGUCGAUUUGAAAGUGACACUGGGCAGUGAUCUUCUGGAGCGGUCCAAAUCUGGUAAGAAUCCAUUCCCGGACAACGAAAAAACAAAGAGUUUCGUAAUUUGCUUCAUGACAAAAACCGGUGUCCUGUCGCCUGAUGGCACAAUCGCGACCCAGAAGUUUAUCGAUUUCCUCGCUGAGGGUCACGAUGUUAAGGCGAUAACGGACGUCGUGCAGAAAUGCGCCAAAGUUGAGGGGGCUACGCCCGAAGAUAAGGCAUACAACUUCCAUAAGUGUUUCUGGGAAGAGAAAACAUUCGAACUGUGAGGAGUGCAAGGGGCCUUAUAAGGGGAUUUUCCUGGAAAAUUUGUUGGACCUAUGAUAAAUAAAAAUAGAGUUUUUUCAA